AUGACAGAGGAAGAGCAGCUAAUCGAUAUCGAGUCUGUAUUUUCCGUUGUAGGGGAUUUUGGUGGGAGUGUCACGAUGGAGUUAGCAGAUGGAGCUAUUGUUUAUCACGCUUUUUACGACUUAGCACAGGCCGGGAUUUUCAAGUAA